GGAUUUCAAAACCCACAGCGGCGGCGACCGAGGACGGACGAUGAUUCAAAGCAUGUUCAUCAUCACGUCGACAGGCGAGAUCAUCAUCGAGAAGCAUUGGCGCGGCAUCACGAACCGCACAGUCUGCGACUUCUUCGUCGAGGAAGUCAACAAGUACAAGCUGCGCGAGGACGUGCCCCCGGUGAUUGCCACGUCCAAGCACUAUUUCAUCAGCGUGUUCCGCGAAGGCUUGUUCCUCCUCGCUGUGGUCACGAACGAGAUUUCGCCGCUAUUUGUGAUCGAGUUUCUCCAUCGCGUCGUGGCAGUCUUUCGUGACUACUUUGGUAGCUUUGAAGAAAGCGCGAUCAAGGACAACUUCUCCACGGUGUACCAGUUGCUCGAGGAAAUGCUCGACAACGGGUACCCCCUCACGACCGAGCCGAACGCCCUCAAGGCCAUGGUCGCGCCGCCCUCCACGGUCAACCGCAUUGCCGCCAUCGUAUCCGGCAAGUCCCGUGUGAGCGACCAACUGCCCGACGGCGCCAUCUCCAACAUUCCAUGGCGUAAGGCUGGGGUCAAGUACACGCAGAACGAAAUCUACUUUGAUGUGGUCGAAGAGAUCGAUGCGAUCAUCGACAGCCACGGGCAGAUGCUGUCUUGCGAAGUCAACGGCACGAUCAACGGGCACAGUCGGCUCUCGGGGGUUCCCGACCUCACCAUGGUAUUCGUGGACCCUUCUGUCAUCGACGACUGCUCAUUCCAUCCAUGCGUCCGGUAUGCCCGGUACGAGCGCGAGCGUGUGAUUUCAUUUGUCCCGCCCGAUGGCCAUUUCGAGUUGAUGCAAUACCGCGUGCAAGUCAACCAAGUGGUGCCGCCCAUCUUUUGCCAGCCAAGUAUCAAGUACACUGACAAGGGCGGCACGUUAGAGAUCGCCCUCGGCGCCCGCAACAUGCCCACACUUGUGAACAAUACCAAGAAACCCAUUCAAAGUAGUACACGAGUUUGGAUGUGUAGUAUUUGGGCGAAUUAUAUAUAUAUAUAUGGGGAAUACGUUAUGUAUUUUGAAAAGUACGAGAUUUGGAUGUGUAGUUAGUUGUACGACUGUUGUUCUUAUUCUUGUGGUUUCGGGGUUUAUAUAAAUUAUGAGAGGAAACACGAGUCGAAUAUGAUAUUUCUAUCAACCCUUGACGUCACUCACCCUGAAAUGUUAUGAAAUACACGACCUCUCCAUAUCGACACGAGUAAUCAUAAUAUUAUUCUAUCGAACGAAAGUUCGAGAUCUAUCUAUCGAAUACGUGGACAAUACAGGUCCAACUGUUUUUCAUGGGGGGGAAUCUUUAUAUUGUAGUUGUAUAUAUCAAACACAAUUGAAUAUACAACGGGAUGGUGGUGUGUUGUUAGUUGUCGUAGUUUUCAUCGUUUUAUCUUGGUUUAUAUUGUGCAUUUCACCCAAACCGGGACUUGAGGGUCAUUUCACCAAAUACCUUUCGAAUCCAUUUGAUCCUAUUUAAUCUUGUACACACUAUACUAUACAACGAUUAGUAUAUAUGUAUAUGUGGUUUUGCCCAAUAAUGCGGAGGGGUCAAACGUUUGGAUUGGCAGA